AUGGGAGCUUUGAGUUUGUCCUCGCUCUCGCUUCUCCUAUUUCUUCUCGGAAGACUUCUUGUUCUUGGAGCGGAAGAUGGACUAGCCGUGAGAGUUCAGUUGAGAUAGAGAUAGAGUGAGAUGUACGCGGGAGCGGCAGAGGUGCGAAACUUUCGCCCUAUGGAAGGCGAGCUCCGGCGAUGCUUUCCCAGUGAUCUUGGCGGCGAUGCCCCUCCCAUGUUCAACCCAUUCUACUCUGCUUCUCUAUCUGAGUAUGACGUGGCGGGAGAUCUAUUCAAUGCACCAGAGCCCAUCAUUGAAGAACCUAUACUUGAAUUAGAUCCUAUUACAGCUGCAAUCUGUAUGAUGUCAAGUGGUGAAGAUGUUAUUGCUGCCGAGGCAAUGAACGUUGCGGAUAUAGAAUCUAUUCAAAGUGAGCAUCUGUUCAGUGAGGUUUUCUAUGACUGCAAAAAAGACCUCCUGGAGAAAUCAGCAAUCCAAGAAUCGUUUUCUGAGCCACCAGAUUUCAAGUCGCCUGCAGUGCUUAUAGAAGGAGAUUCUACCGGAGAGAAUGAUAGUUCUAUCACAGGACAACUGCAAAAAAGUGUUAGUUCUGGAUGCCUGAAAUCAACUAAGUGGACUGCAGACAGCCCGAUGAAUUCGAACUUAGAUGCAUUACAAGAACUGAAUCUUGAAGAUGCAUAUGGGAUAAGGAGGGCAUACAGUGAAGGAGAUAUUCAUAUUCUUAAAAAUUGUGGAUCAAGCCUUAGAGACCAAAUCACUGUUCAUUCUUCUUUUGAACAACUUGAAAUUCGUGACUUGAAGAUUGAAGAAAAACUAAUAGAAGAGCGAAAGGAAAAGAUUAACAGAUACAUGAGGAAGAAGACGCGGAGGAAUUUUGGCAGAAAAAUCAAGUAUCUAUGCAGAAAAGCUUUGGCUGACAGUCAGCCGCGCGUGCGGGGCAGGUUUGCAAAGAGCGAAGCAUGUGAGGCAGCAGCAAAACUUCAACACAUAUAGAAGAUUUUAUAAUCAGGGAAUAUGGGCUUUAAUGCACUCUCCAAAAUCUGUUUGAAAAAUAGGUAAAUGACCAUUUUGUCAUAUUGCUUUUGCCUUUAUCUAUAUAGAUUAAAAAUAAGGACAAAAUGAUCAUUAUAGCAGUAGCCAGUCAUUAGUAUUUCUAAUAUAUUUGCUUUGGUUAGGAGCUUCAAGCCCUUUAGCUGUAGCAGAGUCUUUUGUUUGUAGGCCUGCAUGAAGGUGGGUCAAUGUAAAUAUGUUAUUUAAUUUUUAUGCCCUAUGUGGGUAAAACAAUAAGGUACUUUGAUCUAAAUUAUAGAAUCUUGUCUUGCAAUAGUUGAACCA